CAUUUCAACUUCCGCUGUCUUUCAGCACUUUCUCGGAAAUGAUGUAAACUACAUGCCAUUGUCGCAGUGACUUUUGCUAGGAAGUAAUAAGGCUUGUUUUCAUCUGCCUGCUGGCUUUUAACGUCGUACUGUAUCGAAUUGUUUUGUGGCCUUUAUUCACAGCGUAACAUACAUGGCUUAUCCAGGAUACGGAGGGUAUGGGGGACCGAUGCAAGGAAUGCCCAUGGGAGGUGGGCCCAUGGGAGGUGGGCCCAUGGGAGGUGGGCCCAUGGGAGGCGGGCCCAUGGGAGGACCCCCCCAGGCAGCCUACCCGCAGUAUGGUGGGGGCUACCCUGGGACCUUUGCCGCCCCUCCACAGCAACCUGUCAAUGACCCCAUGUGGGGAUACUUCACCGCCAUAGCAGGACAGGACGGGGAGAUUGACGCAGAGGAACUCCAGCAGUGUCUGACGCAGUCUGGAAUCAGUGGCACCUAUGCGCCCUUCAGUUUGGAGACAUGUCGUAUCAUGAUCGCUAUGCUGGAUAGAGACAUGACAGGCAAGUUGGGCUUCACUGAGUUCAAGGAGCUGUUCGCCGCCCUGAACGGUUGGAAGCAGAACUUCAUGAUGUUCGACCAGGACCGCAGCGGUACAGUGGAACCCCAUGAAAUGUCCCAGUCCAUCAAUGCAAUGGGCUACAGGAUCAGCCCGCAAGCCCUGAACGCCGUCAUCAAGCGUUACAGCAAAGGCGGCCGGAUCUACUUCGACGACUACGUGGCGUGUGCCGUGAAACUCCGAGCUCUCACAGACAACUUCAGGAGGAGAGACCAGAUGCAGCAAGGAUCUGUCAGCUUCCAGUAUGAUGAUUUUAUCCAGUGUACCAUGUCCAUCUGAGUGGUGUGACUCGUCCAAGGCUGGAGUGCUUGAUCCGGUGCUUGACCCAGAGAGCGAGGGGACUUAAACCGGCACUCCGAAUCUUGUGGACCUCUUCCCCUGAUGGAAAGGCACCAGUUAUCAUUAGACAAGUGUCCUUAGGUUGCGCCCAGAACUAACUCAAAAUGGGGUUAUAACAAAAUGCUUAUCUGCUUGCUAAUUGUUCGCUACACAAGAAUGUGCAGGAAAUGUGCCUGAUAUUAUGAGGCUGGUAUCUACUCUUUGCACAUUUUUUUGCUAACUGAACCUGUGGUAGUUUGCUGCUAACAUAUGAAUGGGUAACAAAUAUGUUGCUGAUCUUUGAUGGUGAGUUUGGUGCCAUAACGAUCUGAUUAUAUGGUUUUCAUUAAAAUCAAUUUUCUUUCAUUUAUAAUUACCACUGUUACAAAUUGAUUUGUUAAAUUCAAACAUUGGCAAUAUUAUACAAAUUACAGGUAGCACUGUUUGUGUAAGCAAUUUAGAUGUUUAGAAAUUAUUUUAGGCCUAGCUUUGCAUUUAAAAUCACGCGUGCAUUAGUUUUUUGUCAGGAGACUUCUAUAUGUAUCUCCUGAUUUGAAUCAAAUGUUGCCUAAACAUAUGAGCAUAUACAAAUGUAUGAAUAACCAGCACUGUGGUAAACAUCCACUGGUAUUCCUGUGAAAAGAAAAUGCAUGCUUUAAAUGUACUAUUUAAUGUUGUUAAUCAGCAUUUUCAUAUUUGUGAGAUAUUUAUCAAAGUACUCUAUGUAGUUGAACAUGACCGUUGUGGCAUUCACUAGUGACAUUUUUGUUAUUCAGAACUCAAUAAACUCAUUUUGUAGUAA